AUGGACUUUGUUCAGGAUUUCUUCAUCCCUGAGGAUAGCACUGCAAUCUUGCACUUAGCGGUGGAGCAUGGAGUAUUUGAACUUGUAGAAGAGUGUCUAAAUGCUUUUCCUGAUCUAAUUUGGUAUGCAGACAAACCCCCCAAAAGUGCGCCGCCGCGGCAUGCUUAUUAUACAAGCGCAGUCGUAGGACGUUUGUUGUGGAAAGAUGCUACUCAACAUGAACAUCCAAGCACAUCCACCGCAAAAGUGUAUCAUCAUGGUACUGACUAUGCAGACACAACCUCUGGACAUUGGGAGUGGCAUGAGGGUCAAUAUGCCGACACAGCCACCCGCACCGGACGUUUGUUGUUGCAUGUAGCUAUUGAGCAUCGCCGAGUGGAGAUAUUUAAUUACAUGAUCGCUUACAUUGGAAAAAAUACUAAGGCGUAUGCCGAUUUAAAACUCGAAGGGAAUAACAAUUCUCUUCAUUUGGCAGCAAAAUUGGCUCCUACACCUCAACUCCAAGCUGUCCCAGGUCCUGCAUUUCAGAUGCAGCGAGAAUUACAAUGGUUUAGGGCUGUGGAAGAAUUAGUUUAUGAUGAGUUAAAGACGGAAAAGAACUUAGACGACAAAACACCUCGAGAAGUAUUCUUUGAUGCCCAUAAAGAUUUGCUAAGCAGUGCAAAGGAAUGGAUGAAGGACACAUCAAAUUCGUGCAUGGUGGUAGCUACUCUAGUCGCAACAGUUGCAUUUGCUGCUAUGAUCACCGUACCGGGUGGCAAUAAUAGUAACACGGGCGUCCCUAUUCUGGCCAGGACAAAACUUUUCGUGGCAUUUUCCGUAUCAAACGCAUUGUCCAUGGUAUCCUCCGCUGUUUCGCUGCUCAUGUUCCUCUCAAUUCAAACAUCUAGAUAUACAGAAGGGGAUUUUCUGGAUUCACUUCCCAAGAAAUUGCUUCGAGGUCUACUUUCCUUGUUCAUUGCUAUAGCCACAAUUAGGGCUCCACAAUGA